AAAUAGAUAAAUAAAUAUAACAAUGAGCCUAAAAGAGCCAGUCUUUUGAACGGCUCUUUGAAAGGAACGGCUCCUCAAGAUCCGGUUCCCUUCAACGAGCCCUAAAUCCCAUCUCCAAUGGACACGCAGUGCGGGGGCGGGGCUACGCGAUGACGCAGCACGUUCAUAUUCGUCGGUGCUUCUAUGCGUGAAACAUGUCGGCAUCCGAGACAACGACAAAGGAGCCCCCUGAAGGAAAGGACUCAGAUGCACCAGCAGAGUCAGAGGCUGGACCAAGUCAUGUGAAAGAAGAUAAUGCAACCAUCAUCACAGCUGCUGUUGCCAAAAAGACAGAGCCAAUGGGUGGUAUGUCAUCCAUGUUGUCAUCUCAGCAGCCUGGGAAGGACUCCUCAAGAGCUGGAGAGGAGGGAGAGAAGAGAUCUCCUGCAUCCUCUCCAAAGAAACCAGCUGCAGGACAUGCUGCAAAAUCUCUCCCAUCAACAUCGGCGUCUUCAUCCUCCUCUUCUCCCUCCACCUCUUCAACGUUAUCCCCAGGCAGAGCAAAGAUGAGUGUUUCCGGACCUGGCAGCAGCAAAUCCAUCCCUGGACCUACUCCUUCCUCUUCCUCUGCUGUAGCUUCUUCAUCUCCCUCUGUGUCCCCCGCCCCACACAAGAUCCAUCGUGCCCGCAAGACUAUGAACAGGCCUCCACUAGGGCAGAUGAGCAACUUUGAGUUGACUGUUGCACCUUCAGGAUCCUCUGCCUCCCUUUCCUCAGACUCUGACAUGGCUGCAAAGAGGAGAAAGCUGGACCGUUUAUCUGACGGUGCUUCUGAGAAGUCUGAGAAUGUUCCUGACAACGCUCAGACUGUGGAGGAAAAGUUAGUCCAUAAAAAGUCAGAGCCUGUAACCAAAGCCACAGCGGAGAAAAGCAACAGCAGUGGGAGGAAGUCAGAGGAGGAAGCAGCUGAGAAAAGUCAGACUCCCAGCCCGUUGAAGGGAGCUUCAGGAAAGUUCAGAGAUGGCGAGGCAGAAACAAGGCAGCAAACUAAGGAGACAGAGGGCUCAAUGGACACAUCAGAUCAUAGUUCAGAGUCUGGGACGCAGAGAGCAUUGCGGCACAGAAACGAGAGCGAGGAGUCUUCACAAGAAGAGAAGAAAAACAGGACUGAUGUGGUGGAGACAGCUACAGCUGAACGGUCAAAUGAUUACACAGAGGUUCCCCUGGAUGCUCUGGACAUCGCUGCUGCCGACAGUCUGACCCUCUCCCCUCAUCAUGAAGGAAGUGAUGCAGGAGACACGGAGCGUCUGGAGGAGCUCCCUCUGUGCAGCUGCAGGAUGGAGGCUCCUCGCGUGGACAGCACCAGUCAGCGCGUCAGCAGACAGUGUAUGGCCAUCGAGAGCGUCAACGGAGAGCUGAGGGCUUGUAUCAACCGGACAAUAAAAGGGGAGACGAUGCGUCCAUCCAGCCGGGUGCCCCUCAUGGUUCUGUGUGACGUCCAUCGCUCUCACAUGGUCAAACAUCACUGCUGCCCGGGCUGUGGAUACUUCUGCAUCGCAGGUACGUUUCUUGAGUGUUGCCCAGACCAGCGCAUCGCCCACCGUUUCCACCGUGGUUGUGUGACGGUGCUGGGCGGAGGGCGCAGCAGAGGAAACGGAUGCGGUAUGAUUUUCUGUCCACACUGCGGUGAAGAUGCCUCGGAGGCCCAGGAGGUCACCAUCCCCUCCUUCAGCUCAGCCACAACCUCCGCCACUACCGUCGUCACCAUGUCGGCCUCCUCCACCACCACCCCGUCUCUGCCGCCGUCCUUCCCCACCGCACCCUCCCUCACCGCCUCAACAGGAGGGAUGAAGGACGGGAAGAUGCCUGAAAGACCUGUGAGUGCCCGUAUUCGUAGCCACGGUUUGGUCAAACCGGCGGUGGAGCAGCAGCAGCAGCAGCCCCCUCAGCCUGUCGCUUCUGCAACAACUGCCAUCACUGCACCUCCAGCAGAGGAGGGCGUGGACAGCGUGGGGCCGUCUCUCUGUAUGCCAAAUGGGAAACCCAUCAGCCCCGGAGCACUCCCACCUGGGCCGAGCAGGACGGCGCUGCAAAAGGCAAUUCUGACACAGGACAUAGAGAGGAAAAAGAAACUGAGGUUCCACCCCCGCCAGCUGUACCCUGCUGCCAAACAAGGAGAGGUGCAGAGAGUUCUGCUCAUGCUGAUGGAAGGCAUAGAUCCAACAUACCAGCCUGACGCUCAGAACCGGCGCUCUGCUCUUCAUGCAGCGGCUCAGAGAGGUCUGCUGGAGAUCUGCUACAUACUGGUCCAGGCUGGGGCUCAGGUGGACGCCCAGGACAAGGACCAGAGGACCCCUCUGAUAGACGCCAUCAUCAACAAUCACAUCGAGGUGGCUCGCUACCUAAUCCAGACGGGCGCAUGUGUCUAUCAUGUUGAGGACGACGGCUACACUGGCCUCCAUCACGCAGCCAAGCUGGGAAACCUGGAGAUUGUUAAUAUGCUUCUAGAAACGGGGCAGGUCGAUGUAAACGCACAGGACACCGGUGGUUGGACGCCGAUUAUCUGGGCUGCAGAGCACAAACACGUGAGAGUGAUCAAAGCGCUGCUGAACCGAGGCGCUGACGUCACGAUUAACGACAAGGAGCUGAACGUGUGUCUUCACUGGGCCGCAUAUGCAGGAAACGUGGACAUAGCGGAGCUGGUGUUGAACGCUGGCUGCUCCAUCGCCUCAGUGAACGUGCACGGAGACACGCCGCUCCACAUCGCUGCCAGAGAGGGGUACCUGGAAUGUGUAACGUUGUUUCUGUCCAGAGGUGCAGACAUCGACAUCAUGAACAGGGAAGGAGACACACCUCUCAGCCUCGCCCGGGCUGACACGCCAGUCUGGGUGGCACUCCAGAUCAACCGGAAGCUGAGGAGAGGAAUAACCAAUCGCAUGCUUCGGACUGAAAGAAUCAUCUGCAGUGACAUCGCUCAGGGCUACGAGAACGUACCGAUCCCCUGUGUGAACGCGGUGGAUGAUGAGGGCUGUCCUUCAGACUACAAAUAUGUGUCUGAGAACUGUGAAACUUCAGCCAUGAAUAUAGACCGAAACAUCACACACUUACAGCACUGCAGCUGCACCGAUGACUGCUCGUCCAGUAACUGUCUCUGUGGACAGCUUAGUAUUCGCUGCUGGUACGACAAGGACCAGCGGCUGCUUCAGGAGUUCAACAAAAUUGAGCCUCCUCUUAUAUUUGAAUGCAACAUGGCGUGUUCUUGUUACAGAACAUGCAAGAACAGGGUGGUUCAGGCGGGCAUCAAGGUCCGUCUUCAGCUCUACAGGACGGAGAAGAUGGGCUGGGGAGUUCGAGCUCUGCAGGAUAUCCCUCAGGGGAGCUUCAUCUGCGAAUACGUCGGGGAGCUGAUCUCUGACGCAGAGGCAGACGUCAGAGAAGACGACUCCUACCUGUUUGAUCUGGACAAUAAGGAUGGGGAAGUGUAUUGUAUCGACGCCCGAUAUUAUGGCAACAUCAGCCGCUUCAUCAACCACCUGUGUGACCCAAACCUCAUCCCUGUGCGUGUGUUCAUGCUGCAUCAGGACCUGAGAUUCCCUCGCAUCGCCUUCUUCAGCUCUAGGGACAUACUCAACGGGCAGGAGCUGGGAUUCGACUAUGGGGAUCGCUUUUGGGACAUUAAGAGCAAGUACUUCACCUGUCAGUGUGGAUCAGAGAAAUGCAAGCACUCUGCAGAGGCCAUUGCCUUGGAGCAGAGCAGACUGGCUCGAAUGGAGGCCUGUCCGGAUUCGGGAGCAGACUGCGGGAUGAGCAUGCUGGGAAACUCUUAAAAACACUCACCCAUGAGGCCUUUGGAUAUUCCAUUUUACAUGUGCACAUACGCGAUGAGUGUUUUAUCAUUUGUACAUUUCUCUGUCAUGCAUGGUGCUGCUUUUUUACUUGAAAGAUAUCACGUUUUAUAGCAGAACUUGCCAUCCUUUAGGUUAUCUUUAUCAUAAACCAAAUGGGCCAUGAUGUUUUCUUAAACCUUGUUGAUACAUGUUUUAAUAAGACCGUCUCCUUACAUGCAGUAUGUCUACCGUAUGUCACUAUUUAGAACAUUAAGUUUGUGCAUUAGGAAAACAUACCAUAUAUUGUUUUCUCUGUUGCGCUAACAACCGCCUAUAGCUCCUUUACACAGCCCAGGGAUGAGUCAAUCAUCAGCCCAGACUGAAUUGAAGUAUGAUGAUAACUCAAGGGAUGGUGAUAUUUUUUGAUUACUGUUUUAGCUUUAUUUUCUUUAUUUUUGUACGUUGUUUUCUUUUGACUAUUAGUGUAAAAUAAAUUAGCUCAUGAGUUGAUCUUUGGGCUCCUGCAAGUAG